AUGAAUGAGAAUAUAUUUGAUCAUUGUCGACGACGUUUAGUACGUUUUGCUAUAUCAGUCGUUCGUGGAUCAAUUGGUCAUCAUGAUUUAUUAUCAUCGGAAACUGUUUUGACUACGUACAAUAUCAAACCAAUGGGUCAAUUUCUGGAAAAACCUAAAGUUGAAAAACAUAAUGAUCGUGGCAAAAACGAUGAUAUUCGAUAUGCACUUGGAUCUAUGCAAGGAUGGCGUGUGGAUAUGGAAGAUGCACAUGCAACUAUACUAAAAUUAGAUGAUAAUCGUUGGUCACAUUGGUCUUAUUUCGGUGUAUUCGAUGGUCAUGCUGGAUUUCGUACAGCUGUUAAAGCUGCUGAAAAACUUCAUUUACGUAUUCUAACAUCACUUAAUACAUUAGUACCAGAUCAAAAAUCAACAUCACAUAUAACAUCAUCUCAACUUGAUUUUCAUAAAUUUGAAAUGGCUAUCAAAGAUGCUUAUUUUAAAUUUGAUAAUGAAUGGAGAGAAGAAAAUCGUAGUACAAGUUCAGAUGAUAAAAGUGGUUCAACAGCUAUUUCUUGUUUAAUUGAUGCUGAACGAAUUUAUUUUUUAAAUGUUGGUGAUUCUCGUGGUAUUCUUGUAUCAACUGAAGGUCGAGUUCUUCUUGCUACAAAAGAUCAUAAACCAAAUGAUUCAGCUGAACGACAAAGAAUUCAAGAAGCCGGUGGUACUGUUUUAAUUCAACGUGUAAAUGGUUCAUUAGCUGUAUCACGUGCAUUGGGAGAUUAUGAAUAUAAAAAUAAUUCAAAUCGUCGACCAGAUCAACAACUUGUUUCACCUGAACCCGAAAUUACAAGUCAUACACGUAAUUUAUCUACGAAUGCUGGUAAACAAGAAGAACAAGUUGCUUUUAUUGUACUUGCUUGUGAUGGUAUAUGGGAUGUCAUUACAAAUGAAGAAUUAGCUGCAUAUAUAAUUGGUCGAAUGCAUGUUACAGAUGAUCUUACUGAAAUAUGUAAUUCAAUACUUGAUAUGUGUUUGUAUAAAGGUAGUAAAGAUAAUAUGAGUGUAGUUAUCAUUGCUUUUAAAAAUGCACCUACACCAACUACGGAAUGCAAGACAAGAGAUGAUGGAUUAGAUAGUGAAAUAAGAAAAAAAACUUAUGAAAUUUUUAAUCGUUCGGGAAACAAAGCAGGUUUUGAUUCGAAUACAUUAUGGCAACAAGUUGUCACAUCUCUUAAUGAACAUCCAUCUAUUCGCGAAGCACUACCCCCUGGUGGUGGUUUUAUUUCUAAACGUACAGUAUUUGAAAAUGCAUUAGAUUCAAUAGCAAAAGGAAACCAUCCUGCCGGAACUACAAGCAGCGGGGCGCUAAUAAAAAAUGAGCAUGAUGAUGAUGAUGAUGAUGAAAAAGACGAACAUAAUGAUCAAUCAAAAACAUCAACCAAUUCGUCAUCUACUGAUAUUCCAUCAUCAAAGAGCAACACACUUGCUGCAUUGAUUCAAUAG